AUGGUAUCCCUGUGGCCUUUCAAAGGAGAAGAUAACUCCCCUGCAUCCUUUGAAAGGGCGCUCGAAACUCUCUCUGGUAAAAUCACCCGCGCGAACACCCGUCUCGACACUCACCGCCAAAAUGCCCGCCGCUUCAAGGCUCUGUGGACGUUAUACACCACAUUUGCAUACCUACUCUACUCCAUCAUACUCGCUCUAGUGCUGGGAUGGCAGAAUUUCGGCGUCGUCGAAUAUGCUGCCAUUGCAGGAGGCCCCCUUGUGAUCUACGCCGUUCGCGCCGCAGGCAGCAAAUACUUCGAAUACCGCAUCAACAGCAACCAACGAUACCUCGAUGAUCUCCAAAAGCAACGAGACGAAACCAUUGAGAAGCUCAAGGUCGCAACAAAGUAUAACUCAACCCAGCAACUCCUAGAGAAGUACGGGGCUGCCCCCAAGCGGACGAAAUCGAAAAGCGGCGACGACAAGCGCAAAUCGGAAUCGAAGCGCAAAUCUUCAAACCCCCAGCAACAACAACCGCCCGUGCAACGGACCGGCCUUCCCCCUCCCCCGACCGCAAAUAUUCGCCGUCCGACUCCUGUCCAGUCUCCUGGUGCUCCCUCCCCCGAUUUCCAUGCGCCGCCUUCUCCGUAUCCCCCUCAGCCCCAGAUCCAACAACAACAACCGGUCGCUCCUCCAGGGGCUGCAUUUGAUGAGCCGGGUUUUGCACCCAACGCAUUUCCAAGUGCGCCACAGUAUAUCGAGCAGUCACACUGGUAUGAUCGUCUCAUGGAUGUCCUCCUUGGGGAGGAUGAGACUCAACCGAAGAACCGGAUCGUCUUGAUCUGCAACUCCUGUCGGCUUGUUAACGGCCAGGCGCCUCCGGGUAUCAAAUCAUUGGAAGAGCUCGGUCGCUGGCGGUGUGGAAGCUGCGGCGCAUGGAAUGGAGUCGAAAGCGAGGCGAAGAAGGUCCUUGAUGACAUCCGGAACGAACCACAACCGGCAGACGGAGCCUGGGAACCGGUUUCGAAGACGGAUGCGGAGAACCACUCAUCGGUUGGUGAUGUGACCGAUGAAGGCGUCAUGGUAGCUACCAGUGAAGAUGACCAGGUUGAGUCUCACGACUCCGAUGCCGACACGGCAGACAAGGAGCCAGAGCAGGUCGAGGAAGAGCAGCCAGAGCCCGAAUCGAAGACAAGGCCAGUUCGGAGGAGUAACAGGAAGAAAGCAUAA